GUCUAAAGUCACACGAGACUGCAGGGGAGUCUUAAGACUACUGGGAAGAAACACGGACACUUUUUGAUUAGUGAACAUUUUCUGUGUUUCUGAGGCCUUUGGGAAAUACACGAUUCUUGGACUCAUGGACUGACACUCUGGAUUAAAUGGUGAACUGUCAUGAAAACUGUGGAACUAAUCAGGGAUCAAGAGGCAUUAUGACAGAAAUGAAAUCUUAAUCGCCGCAGAUAUUUCAAUAUUGUUGUUCAACAGCUAAGUCGCUCCAGCAAAAAUGAUAUGCCACUUGUGUCUUUUAGUUGUCUUCAAUCUUUUCGUGUUUCAGUGCCACGGUGGCUGCGCGGAGGUGGACUCCAUGACUGAAGCCGUGGCAGGAGAAGGAUUCCUGCUGGGCUGCAUCUCCUGCAAGAAAAGAGAGGAGGUGUCUGCCCGAGCCACUGUAGACUGGCACUUCAAACCGCAGGGAGAGGUGGAGUUCAGACAUAUUUUCCACUAUGACCACCCCAGUGCCAACAUCCUCCAUCAAGAUUUCAGCCAACGUCUGGAGUGGCGUGGGACGAAAAACAAAGAUAUCCAAAUAGGAGCCAUUUACAUUCAUAACGUCACCUUCAAUGAGACAGGGAUGUACCGCUGCACAAUCCUCCGCACCCUCUUCCUGUCGCUGUAUAACGAGCACGUCACCGUGGAGAAGGACGUGGAGCUCAACGUGGUGGCUGUAGCCAAUCGGGAGCUGACGUCGGUGAUCUCAGAGAUCAUGAUGUACGUGCUGAUCGUGGUUCUGCAGCUGUGGCUCAUCGGGGUUCUGGUUUACUGUUACAAGAAGAUUUCAGAGGAGUAUGAAGUUCGGGAUGCCAAUAAAGCUCUCAAGGCUCAGGCACAGCUGUCAAAAGACAACAGUGACGGGGUGCAGAUAGAGUAACUUCACCAGUAAAAAGAUCAUCUCUGCAAGAGUCAAGCUUCAUUACUGUACCACGAGUCGGCUAAAAAUGACAUAAUUACUUCAUAAGAGGUUGAUUUCGAACGCCUUGCUCGAUGCCCAGUUAUUUAAAUGCAACCUGUGUGAGUUUUGCAUCUUUUUUGACGACACAACAGGAGCAGAAAUACCAAAAGAAAAAUCCAUCUUUGCAAUGAUUUUGCUAUAUUUACAUUACAAGGAAGAAAAAGAGGCCUCUCAGUGUUGAAUUAUAAUUAAUGUCGUGUCUUAAUGAUACCAAAGGAGAGUUGUCAUUAAUGUGACCUUAGGUAUCUAAGAAGUCUUUAUAUCUUGAGAUUGUAACGUGAAAGUGAAUCAUGAUACUCGCUCACUGUUAAGCACACGCUGGUGUCAACAGGCAAGAACGCUGUUAAAGUAAAUCUAAAACGAGGCGUUUGUCCUUUUCUAUCCGUCCAAGUUUGUAAAUUAACUUGAAUAAAAUAAAUGUUUUUAUAAAUAAUUUAGCUUGAUGCCCUUGCUGUGUUGGCAAAGACUUAAACUAACUAACUGAAACUAAUGAUGAGGUCUUAACUUUGACAAUGAUCGACUGUUGAAGAACUAUACACGGUUUCUGGAUGUUGCCUGUUUAUUGUGCAAAUUCUGUGUAAUGUGUCUUUUCAAAAAUAUACUUUGCCAACAUUGA